AAGUGGGCGGACACGGGCACCGCCAUGCUCGGCCGAGGGAGCCCGCUGGCCGGUUUGCGACCCUUGCUGACGGCGCGACGGCGGCUCUUCGCCAACCCGGAGGAGCCCCGGAGGCCGCUUCGGCUCAGCAGCGUCCGCGGCGGCGGGGAUUUCUUCCGCGAAUUUAAGAAGUUGACCAAUUUCCAGAACUUUGAUCCCUUCUUUCCAACAAGAGAUCUCCCUCCUGAGCAUUCCGAUGUGGUGAUCAUUGGCGGUGGGAUAAUAGGCUGGUCCAUUGCCUACUGGCUGAAAGUCAAAGAAACACGCAGAAAUGCCAUUCGAGUGUUGGUAAUUGAGAGAGACAAUACUUAUUCCAAAGCAUCCACAGUUCUUUCUGCCGGAGGGAUACGGCAGCAGUUUUCAGUGGAAGAAAAUAUCUGGAUGAGCUCUUUCUCAGCAAACUUCUUGCGUUUAAUCAAUGAUCAUCUUGGUGUUGUUGGAGAACCACCCAUUGAUAUUCAAUUUAAUCAUUCAGGUUAUCUCUUUCUUGCUUUGGAGAAUGAAGCUGCAAUUUUGGAGGAGAAUGUAAACCUUCAAAGGAAGGAAGGUGUAGCUGUCUCUCUGCUUUCACCAGCACAACUGAAAAAGAAAUUUCCAUGGUUGAACACUGAUGGCGUAGCUCUGGCUUCUCAUGGCUUAGAAAAUGAGGGCUGGUUUGAUCCCUGGACUCUUCUCAAUGCUUUCAAGAGAAAAGCUGUCUCUCUGGGCACGCUCCAGUAUAACGGAGAAGUGACAUCUUUCAACUUGGCGUUUUAUGAAAUGAAGAGUAACGAUCAGGAUUGUAUAGUCUCGCGUAUUCAGUCUGUAAAUGUCCAGUUGCCCGAAAGUUUUGAACGUGCCAAGGUAGACUGUUGUAUGGUGGUAAAUGCGGCAGGAGCCUGGUCAGGCAGAGUGGCCGAGAUGGCUGGCAUUGGGGCUCCGUCCGAAAACAUCCUAGCAGGGAUCAAGUUUCCAGUAGAACCCAAGAAAAGGUAUGUCUAUGUCUGGCACUGCCCUGAGGGACCCGGUUUGGAGUGCCCAUUCCUCAUUGACACCACUGGAGCGUAUUUCCGAAGAGAAGGUUUAGGUGGCAACUAUCUUGGAGGCUUAAGCCCAACAGAAAAAGAAGAGCCAGAUAUCGAAAAUUUGGAAGUAGACCCUGAGUUCUUCCAGGAAAAAGUCUGGCCUAAGAUUGCCUACCGAGUGCCGCCCUUUGAAUCUUUGAAGAUAAAAAGUUCCUGGGCCGGUUACUAUGACUACAAUACGUUUGAUCAGAACCCUGUGAUUGGCAGGCACCCACAAGUGUCAAACCUCUUCUUUGCGACAGGCUUCAGUGGGCAUGGGUUACAGCACGCCCCAGCGGUGGGACAAGCUGUAGCCGAGCUCAUUCUCGACAAUAAAUAUAAGUCCAUCAACCUUGAGAGAUUCUCCUUCGACAGGCUUAUCAAAGAAGAGAAGCUUCUUGAGAGAAAUAUAGUCUAAAGCCACCCAAGCUGGGAUUCAUUUGAAGAGUGAGUUUUUAGUCGUUUAUUCUCCCUCUACUUUUCAUCCUCAGGCCUAGUCAUUACAUCAGAGGCCUUCAAACUUGGCCGCUUUAAGACUUGUGGACUUCAACUCCCAGAAUUCUCCAACCAGCAUAGUUGGCUGGAGAAUUCUGGGAGUUGAAGUCCACAAGUCUUAAAGGGGCCAAGUUUGAAGGCCUCUGCAUUACAUGCUCAGGCGGCAGCACAAGGAAAUUGCUCUGACUAUGAUACGGCACAGCUGCGGCUCAUUUGAAUAGGUCCAUUUUGUGCAGAAUAACUCAAAGAGUAACUGAAGAGUUGUGUCUGAUGCUGCUGUGAUCAAAGCUCGUGGAACCGGAAACUGAAGAGGAGACUCAUGGAGAAGAGGGUUUUCCCCUCCCCAGCUAUACUUUUUCUGCUCCCCUUUGUCAUUUCUCCUGUGCAUUAGAGCUUAAGUGUCAAGAGGGAUUUGGAGAAAGAGGAAGGAGAUGACAAAAGAUCUGCUGUCCCUUUCUAACCUCUUCCUCCACCGUUUGGCUUAGUAGGACUCUGGCGUCUGCUUAGGUCAGCGUGAAGAGGAAGAGGAAGUGCAAUGGUUUAUUCCAGAUCAUUUGUAGGAUUGUGGCUGAAGGGAGACAAAAGGAAACGACUGAACCAGGCCGCUUCUUAAAUACCUCUCCCUUCUCCUUCCUUCAAGUCAAAAUUUAGAUCAAGAAUAGGGAUGUCCUGGACUGAAAUAGAAGGUUACUGAGGAUAAAGCUUUACCUGCAGCCAGUCAUCAGCUAGGUUCCUCUAGAUUCUAGACAGUGUUUCUCAAACUUAGAAAUAUUAAAAUGGGUGGACCAAUUCCCAGAAUUUCCCAGCCAAAAGAGUUGAAGUCUACACAUUUUAUUAUUUCAGGUUUGAGAAACACUACAGUAGUGGACAAAUAGUGGAAACGUGUCUUUUGUAAAACUAGCUAAUUACACCACUUUUUUGGGGAGCAGUACCAUAAAAUUAUAUAUCAAUAGAAAGAUAAUUUAAUCAAGAAUGUAAUGCAAUAACUUUUAUGAAGGAUUUGCUAUUAGAAUAACAGUUACAGUAUAAAGAAGAAAGGUGAAACACGUAGAAAAAAAUGAGAUAUACAAAAAUUAUCACCAUAGAAAGAAUGAGAUAUACAAAAGUGAUCACCAUGUCAGUUAAUACUUUGUUGGAUAACCUUUAGCAUGAAUCACGGCCUUACGACGUCUUCCCAUGGAGUGAACCAAGUCUUUUAGUUCUGCAGCUGUUAUAAUGUGAAACCAAGAUUGAAUGGGUUUAACUGGUUUAUUAACUGGGUUUUAUUGCAAGGUAGCUCCUGACUAACAAGUUUCUUUAGUUGGCUCCAUAGAUUUUCAAUUGGGUUAGGGUCUGGGCUAUUCCCAGGCCAUUCCAACAGUGGAAUAUGAUUGAUCUUGAAACUCCCCCCAAAAAGUGGUGUUAUUAGCCAUCAAACCUCAAAAAUACACUUUUCCCAAAAGGUUUCCACAAUUUUGGCCACUACUGUACUCUAAGGAGCUUUCCCUUCUCUAGUUCAUCUCCAGUACCUGAUAUGCAAAAGUAUACCGAAUCUAUAGGAAAUUUUAAUUUGUUUUUCCAACUGAAAGUUACUCCUAAAAUAUCUAAUUUAACCCCCUUACAAAGUUCCUAAUUUGAUUUUUUUAAUCGAGUUUUGGAAGAGGGCCACAACUGGGACAUAAAUAUAGUGUGAGGUGCAGAGAAGAUGCCAUCAGCAUUCUCUUCUAACAUACGUAGAUCAUGUACGGUAAAACAUGUUGAUUUUAGACAUAGACUCGGGAACCUUAACUACAGAAUGGAAUAGUGAUGUAUUGAGUUUAGUGCAUCACAGUGCAAAUAAUUUUUAAUAAUGUUGACAGUGUAAGCCAAUAAAACAAAUUAUUUCCAAAUGCA